UUUUAUUUCAGGAAAAAUGAAAGAAAAUCAGGAAAAAAGGCAGAGGAAUAAAGGUACAACGGCCACAACCGAUAAUACUAUAUCGAAUGAGGAUAGUAUUAUUUCAACUUCAGAAGAAAGUGGAUGGAAAUCUCCUAGUCAGUUGAAACAAGAAGUGCAAACGAUUAUCGAUAUAAUGGGGCCCCCAAUGUCGCCAAACUUCAAUUAUAAUACAAGCAGCGAUGCUGAUAAUGAAGAAUCCGCGUAUUCGAAUUUGAGAAUUUCAACGGCAAAUGAAACCAAUUGUACAGAUUGCAAUAAACCCGAACCUUGUGAGUGCUCCGAAUCGGAAAAAUCCCUCACAAUAAUGGAGCCAUUGUCAAGUUCCAAAGACGAUCAGAACAUAUCGACAACCGCCGCCGAUUUGAACACGUCAGUUUCGCCGACUUUGGACGAUUUAACCGAUCCGAAAGUCAAUUUUCCUUAUGUCGAUAACUUUUGCAAUACUUCCGACCUUCCGCAGUACACCAUUUGUCCGCCCCCGCUAAUGCCGGCAAACAUUUGCGUCAAUUCCGAAUGUUUUUGUCCUCAAGUUUCUAGCAUUUUGCAUGGAAAAAAUAUACCGCCCGUUUUUAAUGGGGAUUUUACGUAUGAAGCUGUACAACCAAACCAACGUGCUGUUGAAUGCACUAAAUCUAUCAAGGACAAAAAUGUGGUUUUCAGUUGGUUGAGAUCCAUAAUGUCUUCAAAAUUUGAAAAUGGUUGCAAUAAAUGCAACCAGAGCGAAUAUUAUAAGAUGAAUGUUAAAAAAAAUAUCGAUGAUGAUGGUAGUCCUCCAAGGCGAGUUGUAUUUGAAUUGGUAGACUCAAAAAUCAAAAAACCAUGUGAGCCAUGCAACGAUCCAAUGAACAUUGAUGUAAAAAAGAAAAAAAACGCAAAAAAUCAAAGACUUCAAUGCCGUCCAAAACAGUGUAUACAAAACGUUUUGGUACCACAAAGCCGUAAGUCCAAAAAACCAGUUGAAAAGACACUGCAUUGUGACUCUUCUGGAAAAACUAGAGUCGAUGUGUAUUAUUUUGAUCACGGUUCCUACAAUCAUUAUCAAACAACCGAUGCACCUCCAUUAGUAACCACAGAAGAAAUAGCAGAUCUAACAGAGAAACAUACAACCAGAUUUUGGGCGGAACUUUUCGGCUCAAUACACAUUGGAUUUUCGUUUGCAACUUCAUUCAUUUUACAAUUGUUUAGAUUCAUCCUGUAUAGUAUCUGUCGUCCACUGACAAUCGGUUUAAUCCAGCUGGCGUCUGAUUAUUUUUUCAAACCUCUCCUGGCCACAGUGUUUAAUGGUAUUUUACAACCGGCCCUUAUAUUUAUAUACAACAUUUUGGCGACUUUACGCGACAUUUGCGAUCCCAUAGCCGAAGGAAUUGGAUAUUUUCUAAGGGAAUUGGCAGUUUUGGUGCAAGCUUUUAGGUUUGUCGAAAUUAGAAGGGAAUGUAAAUGUUGUAAUGACAGUAAUAAGUGCGAUAGGAAAGUGAAGAAAGAGAGGAGUAUGUGUUAGGAAUUUAUUUUGUAUUAGUGAUAUUAUUUUAAGUGGAAAGUGCUUAGUUAUACUCUAUUUUUUUAUGUGUACAUUUUAUAAUAUACAUGGAAGCAUACAUUUGUAUUCAAAACAGAGAAAUUUUC